GUCGUCACCGUAGUCUUUUCAUUCUUGUGGUUGGUGGGUUCAUCAGCUUGGGCGAAAGGACUGUCUGAUGUCAAGGUCGCGACGGAUCCCAAGGAAGUCUUGUUACUGAUGUCAGCUUGCAAACAGCCGUCCAACAAAUGCAUGGCGGUCCACAGCCCUGUAAUGUCCAGCUUAAACACUUCCGUGGUCUUUGGGUUCUUGAACUUUAUCCUCUGGGCUGGAAACAUCUGGUUUGUUUUCAAGGAGACCGGCUGGCAUUCCUCAGGACAGAGGUAUCUUUCAGACCCGAUGGAGAAGCACUCAAGCAGCUAUAACCACGGCGGCUACAACCAAGACAGCUAUGGGUCAAGUGGUGGGUAUGGGCAGCAGGCGAGCUUGGGGCCGUCCUCCGAUGAGUUUGGCCAACAGUCCAGUGGCCCAGCUUCUUUUACCAAUCAGAUUUAACAGGUAGUAUUUGCAUUCUUCUGGAGAAAGCUUCACCACCUUCCAUUCUAGUAGCAGAAGAAUUUUAUAAGAGUUCCAAUCAAUUAUUAAUGCAGAGGGUGUUGAAUGUAAAUCAGAGAUCUGGAGUCUCAUUAAGGCAGAAAAGCCUGGGUCGUGAUAAAUGGUACUUAGAGAGGAGACGACAUGAGGAGAUACAUUAUUCAUCAUAGAAGCUUAAUUGGAGAGUACCUUGUUAUAUACACAGAUACUUUUAUGAUUGUUAUGUAGGUGUGUUGAGAUAGUAAAAGCAUUUUGUAGCUUAAAGUCUCUAGUAUGUAUUAUGCAUAAAGUAAAUUAUAUAGCACUGAGUUUCCCGAUGCGUUUUGAUGCGAAAGAUGUUUUAAUGAUUUCUAUAAGAUAAUUUGGUGUAUCACACGUGCAUGUGUUAUUGUGUUUGGUUGUAGACCCUGUAGGACUGUGAGUCUCUAAGUAUUUGUUUCAGACAAUUACGCUGGUUUUUUUUUUUUUUACUUGAGAAUCAAUCAGUGUUCAUAUGAUUUAGUGCAUGAAUAAGCAUUUUCUCACUAAAUGAAUAUUUGAACUGUAUUUAUGAAAAUUUUCCAGUUUGCACCAUGAAUUUGUUAAAUGGACAUUUAAAGAAAUAUAUUCAUUACUUUGUAUACUUGCAAAUUUGUCCCUUUGGCUUUACCCAAUUCUGAAUGCACUGUAACUAAGGUUUGGGAUUUUUUUUUUCUCCUAUUAGUCGAUAUUUCAGUGUUAUAUAUGGUAACUGCCCAAUAUUUAUUCUAUUUACUUAGUUAAAUAUUUACAUUCUUGUAACUUUCUAUGGUGUUUUGUGGCUCUUAUUCUACCGACUAUGAACAAUAGGCCCAAUAACUGUUCGUGUUUAUGGAAUGUUGUUUUCUUAGAAUAAUAGAGAUGCAGAUAUCGGACACCAUAGUCAGAAGUAUUGUGCCGACAUAUUAAUUUAUAAAGGAUGUUCUGUAGAAUCUACACUACCAGCUAAACUUUUAAAUCCUAUUUAUUUGUAAAGUUAAUAUGUUCCUAGAUCCAAUUAUUAAAAAUUCUCCAGUCACGGCUUAACCUACUAAUUACUAAUUCUGAUUUGAGUGUUACCCAUAAAUUAGAAAUGACUUCCGUGAGCAACUCUGAUCCCAAAAAGGGUUUUCAUGAAAUAUUCCUCAGAAUUUUUUCAUUAUCAAGAAAAUACCAAUCUUCGCCUCUUUGUUUUAAUUCAAUUGCAACAUCAAGGCCCAACAGUGAGGGCAAACCGUGCAUCUGUAUUUCCAGAUAAAAGUUGUUAUCAAUGUACAAACUCUGUGAUCUGUGAUGCUGGAAGCAUUUUAGCACAAAACAGCCGUGUUUCUUAGAUGAUAUCUGUAACCAGUUUCUGGAUCCCGUUGGAUAAAUCUGUAUUGUGAUAUCUAUUUGACCUUAAUAAAGUUAUUGCUUACAGCCCUGGCUGGAUAGUGCA